AUGUCAUCUAAUGAAGAAAUAAUAAACCUAUUAGGGAGAUUGAAUAAAGACAAGACAAAUGAUAAUAAUGAUAGUCUUGAAAAUGAGACAACAUUAAAUCUACUUGAAAAUUUAACAAAGAAUGGAAUAUCUGAACCAUUAAUUAUGAUUAUUCUUGAUAAAAUCAUUAAACCCACCCUAAAAGUAACUGAUAAAACAAAAUUACUUGAUCAAUGUUUAAUUCCUAAUGAUGAUUUAUCAAUUGAUAUAUUUUUCAAAAUAAUUAGUAUAAUUGGAGUUAGUCGAGUUUAUUUUAAAGGUGAUCGGAAACUCAAAUCUAAACAAUUAAAUAUUCCUUUACAAUUAAAAUUAAUUCAAUGGAUCAUUAAUUAUUUCCAAUUUUUCGAAAAUAAUUUAUGUAAAUCAGGUAGUAUUGUUUUAACAUUACUUAUAAAAUCAUUAGAUUAUGAAUUUUCAAGAGGUCCAAUAUCUCAAUUAAUAAUAAUAUUAUUAAAUUCAAUGUUAUCAAACCAUAAUCAAUUGAUUACUUUUUAUAAUCAAGAAAUUUAUCAUACUAUCAAUAUACUUAAAUCAAAUCAUAUACAAUCAGUGGUGAAUUUAUAUAAUAAAUUCCCUCUAGAUAUUUAUUUACAAGAAUUAUUGGCAUAUUUUAGAAAUUUUAAUCCGGAUUUGGAUUAUAUAAUAUAUUCUCCAGAAAAUUUCCCAUUAUUGAAUAAAUUGAAAUGUAAUCUAUAUCAAGUAUAUCGAUGGAAAGAUAAUGAUGAGCUAGCCCAUAUUACCACCACCAACAACAAGAGACAGAAAACUAGUAUUAUUAGCAAACCUGAUACAAUAAUUCAUAAUAUUGAAAUAUUAGAUCAAAUAAAUAAAAUUAAUCCCUAUAAAUUAGUACGAAAUGCAUUUGAUAACGAUAAUGAGGCAAAAUUACUUACAAUAUUAUUUCAAACAGGGAAUAAUCGAUUUAUUAAUAAAGUUGAUAAAUAUAUAGGUGCCAUUUUAACAACUUUUAUCAAUCUGGAAAAAGAAUUACAAUUUUUUUUACAACAAAUAUCCCAUUUAUAUGAAAUUAGUGAUGGUACUAUUAUUUUACCCCUGAUUGAAAAUUUCAUUCUUGAUAUAAAUAUUCUGGUUAUGAAAUUUUGUCAACAAUUUAAGUAUCGAUAUAAAUUAAUAAAAUAUCUAUAUAAUGUUGACCUUGAGAGAUUAUUACAAAUGAUACAUCACCAUACUUUAAUUUUAAAACAAAUUUAUGAUACAAAUAAUGGAUUAUACCAAGAUAAUAGUAAUUUCAAUUACCAAUCAUGUGAUGAAUAUGUGGGAAAUAUUCUUUAUUUAUUAAAUUUAGGAAUAUUUGAAAAACUUAAUGACAUUAUUUCAAGAAUUAAUCAAUUACUUCCUAAAUUAUAUGAAUUUAUUAAAUAUUGUAAAUAUAAUCAAGAACAAUUAGUGAAUCAAAUUAUUGAAUUCUUAAUAAAUUUAUCACCUUCAUUAUUCCAACAAUUGAAUUCUAAAACAAUAAUUAUCCCCAGAUCAUUAACUUAUUCAUGUUUAUUAAGUUGUGACCCAAUUGUGGUAUCAAAUAUUACUCAACAUAUAUUUAAUUGUAAAACUCAUAAUUAUCAAGAUUCAAUCAAUUAUCGAAAUUUACAAAAUUCUUAUAUUAUGGAUACAAUUAAUUUCUUAUGGAAACAACGAUUUUUAAAUAUUGAUGAUGGUAAUAAUACUUCAAAUAAAGGGUUUUUUUUCCAUCCUAAUUUUAUAACUAAAUUAACUUCAUUACAUACUUUUGAUUGUUCUUAUUUAUCUUCACCUUCAUCAAUUGGUGAAUUGUUUUAUAAUCCAGCUUUUUCUUAUAUAGUGACAAAAAUCAUUUGGGAUAUUGAAGAUAAUACUAAAGAUAGUAUAAAUACUAGACAUGAAGGUCCUAUAUCAAAAGAAAGUUUAUUAAGAUUAAGAAAUGAUAACGAAAAAAUUUGGUUACCAUUAUCAUUUGAUGAAUUGAAAAUUUCUAUACUUGAAAAUUUGGAAAUUAAACACUUUAAUGGUAUUACUGAUUUAUUAUUUAAUUCUUUGAAAAGUUUAGCUGAUAAAAGAAAACAUCAAUGA